AUGUCUAUUCGAUUUCCGGAGAUUCCCGGAACGACAAGAGCUCCGGGCACCUCAUUGCUGUCGCGCGGUAUUUUUCCUACAUCCCCCGGGGUACCCCAGAUUCCAACUACGCCAAACUCUUACAGUGCACUCCUCCACCCCCACAAAAGCGAAGCGAAAGGAAAACACCCACUUUCCUUCUCCAGCUCCAUGACAAAACGCCUCACGCCGCAAGAAAAGAAAGCCCGCCGUCCAACGCUGCGAGCUUGUGUUUUUUGCCAUUCCAAGCAUCUCCAGUGUUCUCAUUCUAGGCCUUGUCAAAAUUGUAUCAAACGCAAUCUUGCUCACGAAUGCCGGGACGUGGUGCGGAAGCGUGCCAAAUACAUGUCCACUACGGAGGUUCCAGCUGUUCUGGGCGAGUCGUCGAGCGAAUCUGGAAGAGCCACUGGCGAAAAUGGCCUGGAGAUGGGAAACCCACCAGAUCCCCAGAUUGCGUACCUCGACGGUGUUUUUGAACGGUCCAGUAUCCACGAGAGUCUCCAGGACUCUCCUAUGUCCACACCAGCAAGCAACUUUAACUCAAACUUUCUCAACCAAGAAUACAUGAUGUUGGGAGACCUCAUCUCCAAACCAUCGUCGCCGUCUUUGGACGUUCCCAUGAUGUAUGCGGAGAAUCCUUCGCGGCCGUUUAUUUCCUUGGGCCAAAGCGACGAGCGUCCAAAGUCGCCUGAAUUCAACAACUUUGACUUCAGCUCCUUGGACAAGGCACAAUAUGUUUCACCACUUGUGUCGCAUCACAUCUACCAGAAUGUGCAAGACAUUUAUGCCAACAAAGUGAUUGACUUUGAUUACCCGCUGUCCUACCACUCGUUGACAUCCUUCUUGCGUCAGCGGUUUUCGUUCACUGGCAAAAGCUUGUCGGAUAGCGAAAAAGCAAAAAAACGGGAAAACUUGCUCAUGAUUCUCCGGCUCAUUGCAUCGUACCGGCCCACGUUUAUCAGUACACAUAAAGCCCUUUUCCGGCCGUUUGACUUCCAGUUUUUGGAAAUGUCCUUCCAGCGAUGUCUCUUGGACUACGAGAACCUCUCUCGGCUCAACGCUUCGCCUACAAUAAUAUGGCGCCGUACAGGCGAGAUAGUGUCCAUGUCCAAUGAUUUGGUAGCUCUUCUCGGUUUGAACAUCAGCACGAUCCUUUCAAAACGGACGUUUAUCUUGGAGUUGAUGUAUGAUGACGAAUCCAUAGUGGAAUAUUUCCGCUUGUUUGAAUCUGUGGCCGUAGGAAAUUUGCAUCUGACUAUAGUCACGAGGUGCAAGCUCAUAAAGCGGCCAAGUGAAGGCAUUGAAACCAACACUUCCAUGGAUUCAGAUUACAUCGAGUUUUGCAGCGUCUGGACUGUCAAGCGGGACUUGUUUGAUCUCCCGAUGAUGGUGGUGGGCCAGUUUCUUCCUGUGCUCCCGACGCCAGAUGGCUUUCGUACUUACUGA